CAUUUAUUUAGCAACAUUGGAACAAUGGCUCACCCCCCCCCCAAAUCACUAUGUAAAUAACAAAAAUCCUGGUAAUUUUAAAAGAUGAAAUGCAUCACCCAUUGCAAAGUAAAGGAAACAAUCUUGCUAGAGAAUUUUGUUAAACUUGCUAAAUUUUGUGAAUCUACUUAGGGAAUAUGUUUACACUUUAACUUUUCAACUGAAGUCAUUUAUUUGCUUUCAUCAAUUGAGGAGACUAAAAUUGCUGCUAUAAGACCUGGAUAUUGAAGUAACAUUUUUGGUUUUUUUUAAUCCAAUGCUAGACAUUUCUGGCAUUGCUUUAAUUCUUGUCAUUAACUCCUUCCAAGGUUUUUUUUUUUUUAAUCACAAGUUCAUUGAUGUUAAAUACUCUUGAUUUGCUUCUCCUUAUCCUCAUAAAUCCUCCUCCUUUUCAAAAGAAACACAUCAGAAGAAAUGUGAAACUGAAGAUGUGUGGGGAAAAAGUUACACUGAUCUCUUUUCUCUAUAAUUUUCUACCUUGUACAAAGCAAUUUGAAGUUGGAAAAUCUGUUCUUCAGGUUUCGGACAUUAGUUCAACCAUUCAUGUAGAUUUCCACAAUGUGCAUGUCUUAUUGUCAAUGAGUAUUAAUCCUGGCUUGAAGAAUAAAGUCUUUAUUGAGGACAAUCUAUAUGUGCAUAUGAAGAAUAUUAAUAGUACAGUUUUGUUUGGGUUUGAAAGGAAAUAUUUUAUCUCUGGAACUCCCCAAGGAGAAUCCAUCAAGCUAAUAAAACAGUUCUGCUGAGCUGCCAGUGCUGCUUCCUCCAAUAUGACAUCCUUAAAAUGCCCCUAUUCUUUAGCCUGUUUGCUUGAGAUUGUAGGAGAUGGGAGAUGAUCCAGCAAUUUGGGGAAACCCAGGUGAGUAAGUUAGGGGAAAUACUUUGAUUUCUGGUCAGACAGCAGUUUCAACUAAACCUAUGGCAUCAUAGCGAAGGUUACUUUUCCAUUUUGUCAUUGCCACUGAAAUCCAGCGUCCCAUUAUCAGUGGGCUCACGGAAAGGAAGCCAGUUGAAGUUUUGGCAAACGUGAAAGAAACUGUAUCCCUGCACUUAGAUCGCUCGAGUCUCCGGAGUCCGAUUUUAAACUUGAGUCGAGUAAUUCUGCCUCUAUUUCUCUAGCAACGUUGGUUAGAGAGCGUGGAAGUAAGCCAUGUUAUUUCUGAUUAAGGGGAGGAAGGUGUGACUGAGCGCCUAAUGUUUGCUCGACUUCUGCUCAGGAGCCACGUGGAACGCGUCUUCUGCCAUUCAAAACACGCAAACACACCCCUCCCGCACGCGCUCAAAAGCGCUUUCUCGGACUCCGGGCCGCCCGUCGCGCGGGUCCCGCGGACCCCUGCAGCCUAACGCGAGCCUUCAACCUUCGUUCCAGCACCCGCCGCCCGGCCAAGACGACGAGGCCGCCGGCCGCACGGCUGAAGGGCUGGAAAAGGGGCCGAACGACAGCCGGACGCAUCCCUGGCGCAAGAGAUCCCAGCGGCGGUUUGGGAGGCCCUCGGGGCAAGAGCGGCGGACCGCGACGGUUUUUGCAAGCCCCGGGCGGAGCGGUCUCCGCUUCCUCCUGCGCCUGGACGCUGGCUCUUCGCUCCCAACCAUCUUGAGGGAGGGAAGCGAGCUGGCGCCUUGCCCGCCUGUCUUUCUCCCUCCCCGAAAGCAGCUGGGCUGCUCGGAUAACGUCAUCGCUUCCGCCCAGCUUCCUCCUCCUGUUGGCGGUGGCGCUAAGAAUCCAACAUGGAGUAAAGAGACAGCGAUGGGGCUCGGACGCGGCCGCCGGCUGCAGCACCAUCCGGGCGCGUUGGCCGACGCGGCGCCCCGCUGCCUUCCCGCGCGCUGAGCGCCCUUCCGCCGCAGGUCUCGUCUCUCUCUCGCGCGCAGCCCUGCGCUUGGCAGCCAACGAGGCCUUAGCAAACUGCCUGGCUUCCUUCCUUUUCCCUCCCCAUCCCUGCCCCCUUCCCCCCUCCGCCCGCCCGCCCGCUUUCCAGCGGAGCCGAGGCGGUCUCUCCCCGCAUCCUUCGAGCUCGGUCGGCCGCUCUCUUUCUCUCUCUUUGCCCUCGAUGUGAAACUGAAGGGGGGAAAAAAAAUAAAAAAUGAAGAGGUGCAGCCCGGCUGCCCGCGGCGGGGGAUAAGUCUAUGAGAAGGAGAAAAUGACCGAGGAAACCCAUCCAGACGAUGACAGCUAUAUUGUGCGUGUCAAAGCUGUGGUUAUGACCCGAGAUGACUCCAGUGGAGGAUGGCUGCCCCAAGAAGGAGGUGGCCUUAGUAGGGUUGGUGUCUGCAAGAUCCAGUGCACAGAGGCUAAUGGAAGAAAUGGAUUUCUCAUCCAUGGAGAAAGGCAAAAAGACAAACUGGUGGUGCUGGAAUGCUAUGUGAAAAAAGACUUGAUCUACACUAAGGCAAAUCCUAUAUUUCACCACUGGAAAGUUGACAACCGAAAAUUUGGACUCACUUUUCUAAGCCCUGCUGAUGCACGAGCAUUUGACAGAGGGGUGAGAAAAGCCAUUGAAGAUCUCACAGAAGGUUCUACAACAUCAUCUUCCACGAUCCAUAAUGAAACUGAAGUUGGAGAUGACGAUGUCUUCACUGUACGUAUCUUUCAUAUCAAAUUCAUUUUUGUGGCCUCUGAAUAGUUUUUGUCUUUCAUGGGAACUAGAGCCUAUGAGGGUACUGAUUGCUGUUCGCUCAAAGAGAAGUUGGUCGUAAAAGUGGUAAUAAAAUCUCCCUUAAGCCAAACUGAGCUUUCGGUGACAACACAAAGACCACCUCCGUGUUGCUUUCUUGGCAAAUGAUUCAGAUGAUUAGGUUAGUAUUCUUGUAGAAUACUGCUUUGAUUUCCCAGACAUAGAUAUCCUGGUAGUAUCCCAUCCAAGCACUUAUCAGGUCCAACCAUAUUUUGAGAUCAGCCAAUUUUGGUU